CGACGUCAAUUCCAUAAUUAUUAAAUUAUGUAUUUUCCUCUUUUGAAGAGAGGACACUGUAUGAAAAAAGGCUGCGGUACUUUUAUCUUUGCAGAGACCGGCUCUCUGGAGUGCGGAAGCAAUAGCUAUGAAUCCAGGGCUGUAACUUUGCGUCCGAGCUUCCAACCAAGUUUUUUCUUCGCCUGGAGAAGAGUACAUGUUUUUCCGGUGGUUUUCAUUUAUGAAAAACUGCUUACAUUGUCAACCAAGGAGGCGCUCAAUCCUUCUUAACAUCUUUCCCGCUCUCUUUAUACGCGCGCUUUCUUUUUCAAAAUACCCAUUCUUUCUUCCUGCUUUCCUGCUGAGCUUCAUUUUUGGCCUUCAAUUGUGGAUAUUUCAGCCGGAAGGGAGAAAUCUAUUCGUAAAGCAAGCUACCCUUUUCUAUGCGAGGCACUUUGAUAAAGUCAGGAGCAUUGGAACUGUGAGGUAGAGAGAGUGAGGGAAGGGAGAAAGCACGGUGGAAAACUGGGUAAUAAAAAAAGGGUCCCUUGAACAAGCUUCGGAGAGAGCUUAAUUACAUGAACAAGAAGCUGGAGUAGGUCUUAAUCGUUAAGUCCUUCAUUUUUGAAUAUCUCAUAUCUGAGGAGUUUCUUGGAGCAAAAGAGGGAAAGAUGGAGCUUUCUGGGCAUCAGUUUCACCAAAGAUUUUUCUCUUGGUUUGCCUCAUAGAAUUUAGCUUUGGCGCCACUCUCUGCAAGAGAUUACGAAGGAAGAUUAUUUGUCUUGGCAACAAUGAGUGACCAGGCCAUUCGAACAUUAUAUGUUGGCAACCUACCUGGCGAUAUUCGAGAAUGGGAAGUUGAAGACCUUUUUUAUAAGUAUGGGCCCAUUGUUGACAUUGAUCUUAAAGUCCCUCCUCGACCUCCUGGCUAUUGUUUCAUAGAGUUUGAGGAUGCUCGAGAUGCAGAAGAUGCAAUUCGUGGUCGCGAUGGAUAUAAUUUUGAUGGGCAUAGAUUAAGGGUUGAACUGGCCCAUGGAGGUCGGGGACUUCCUUCAUCAGGAGAUCACCACAGUGGCUACAGUGCUAGUGGUGGCCGUGGUGGCAGUAGUGGUGGUCGUGGUGGAGUCUCCAAGCGGUCUGAAUUUCGUGUUAUUGUUAAUGGGCUUCCUUCAUCGGCAUCUUGGCAAGACUUGAAGGAUCACAUGCGUGAAGCUGGAGAUGUUUGUUUUUCUCAAGUAUUCCGUGAUGGCAAUGGUACAACUGGAAUUGUGGACUACACUAACUAUGAGGACAUGAAAUAUGCUAUCAGAAAGCUGGAUGAUUCCGAGUUCAGAAAUCCAUUUGCUAGGUCUUAUAUACGGGUCAAGAGUUAUGAGUCUAAUAGAAGUGUCUCAAGAAGCUGUAGCCGCAGUUACAGUCGGAGCCGGAGCCAGAGCAGGAGCAGGAGCAGAAGCAGGAGCAGGAGUAGGUCAAGGAGCAGGAACCACAGUCACACUCAAAGCAGAAGAAAGAACAGGUCGAGGAGCUGGAGCCAAAGUAGAUCAAGAAGCCGGUGCCAAAGCCAAAGUCCUAUCAGUAGCCAAAGCAGGAGCCAUAGCAAGUUAGCCAGAAGUCAAUCUGGUUCUGGGUCACAUACUAGUUCAUUGUCCAAAUGUUCACGCUCUCAUUCUCGUCCACGACUGUCCUCCAGGUCCAGGUCCAAGUCCAGGUCCAGGUCCAGGUCCAAGUCCAGGUCCAGGUCGAGAUCCAGAUCCAGGUCCAGGUCCAGGACGCCUCCAGGUUCGGUAAGCUCUGAUCGAAAUCGAUCUCCUGCUUCCAGUGGUGAUUAAAGCUGGCUAAGCAGCAGUUGUGUCCAAUUUUAUGCUGAAUUAUUUUUUGAGAGCACAUUUUUAUUUUAAAGAAAACCCUUAAAAUUUUCUGGAUAACUGCAGAAUAUAUAGAUUUUUUUCUCUAUGCUGGUAAAUCUAUGUUUUAAUAGUUUUGGAAGGUUUCAUGUCUCCUCACUCUAACUCAGAAAGCUUGAUGAAAUGACAUCUUUGAAAAGUUGAGGUGACUCGAGUAAGCAGGAUGCUAAUUUCAGAACUCUAAUGUUGAUUUCUUUUGACACUCAUGAUAUGAUUUGAAAGAUUAGCUAAUUGGUGUCUGCCUGAUAGGUAGAUAAUGGAACUCUCAAAUUUAUAGUUAUUGUACAGUACCACUCUUAUGAUUUGACGAGCAACAACUAUAACUUAAAAUUGUUCUUUGCAAUAUUGGUGAUAUAAAGCUGCAUAUCCUCUCCUAAA